ACAGUUUUAGUUGUACCAUCAAAGUGUAUGGGCAUGGAUCCGACUUUGACUAGCAGUGAGGACCAUCUAACAGCUGGCGAUGUCGAUAUAGCCGUGGACUACUCAUUGCCAGUCGGCAACGCUUCGCCAGUGGAAGACACUGAGGCUGCUGAGGCAGCCCAUCAUCAGUAUGCUGAGGCGUUAUCCCUGUCCAGUCAACGGAACAGCAGUCAUCGUCCACAUUGGCAAAAGCAAAAGCAUACCAUUCGAAACUUUCUCAGCUUGGGGGCCAUUCUGUUGGCUCUGAUGCUUAUUAUUGGUGCCAUUUAUUUGCACUUAAGACAAAAACAUCAUCUGGGUCGCUUGUCGCAUAACUAUUCCAACCAUCAGCAGGAUUACGAGAAUCAACAUCAUAUGGAUGCUGCAUCAACAGAAACAUAUUCAACUACAUUUACUGGUCGCACAGCGCCAUCUGACGCUGCCCAGAUUACAAAGACAACUGAUAAAUCACAGAGCCAGCAACCCGAUGAUGAAUGUCUGGCCUGUAUUGCAUUGGUAGCCACUGGGAAUAAGCCGGCCAAAUGCAGCGGCGAGUUGAAUUGUGGCAUCUAUCGGAUAUCUCAUUGGUAUUGGCAGGAUGCACAGCAACGAUUGCCAGAGCCUCUCACACUGGAUUAUGAGCAUUGCGUCGUUGAGGACAAAUGUGCCGAGAGGAUUGUUCGCAGCUAUGUGGAACGUUAUGCCCGCGAUUGCAAUCUCGAUGGUUUAAUUGAAUGCCGAGAUCAUGUAAUGCUACACCUCCUGGGACCCACUGGAUGCCUGAAUCCCAAUCGACAUUGGUCAAUCUACCAAGAGCGGCUACAAAUGUGUAAAGGAUAGGACACGCAGAGAGACACAGAAAGAAAGAGACAGAAACGAUUACAUUUUAUUCCAUCUCAUUUUUUAUUGCAUGUCACUGCCAGUAAAGAGUUAACAUAAACAAGGCCAAAAAGUCAUGGUACAAUAACAAAGAGGCGUACUUGUCAUCUCCUAGCCCAGCCUGGACACGGCCAUCGCCGGCAAUGCAUUGCACAUGAUACAUGAGGAACUGCAAGUGAAGGAUAUGUGUAAGUGAAUGAAGGGGGGUCGGAGUGGCGGUGUGGGACAACAAUGCUUACAGACAACACCAAGCUGGCUAUUAUGGCUAUAUAGAAAUAGAUGGGCCAUGUCGUUUUCAGUGCUACAUAGUACAUGAUGGCAUAGAUGCUCAGUAGGAAAACGGAGCAAGCCACCAUGAAAAAGAAAUUUACACUAUCCGUGAUAUCAAACUGUUGGAGAGGGAGAGACACGAGGCGAGUUAUUGCAUUGCAUUGUGUGUUCCGGAAGGAAUCAAACUCACCGGCAUGAAUGUACCCAAAACGCACAGAAUAAUAACCACGACCAUAACUCCAAGAAUACCAACUAAUAAAUGCAAAGCCGACGAGUUUACGACUAACACCAAAACUGCUAAAUUCAGACAUUCCACCUAAGGAGAGCGUUAUGUUAUGUUAGAAAUAUCAUUCUCAGGAAUUGCUUAUAUAUACUUACAAUCAGGACUAUGACCACGCAACUUAUACAUGGUAUUUCGCUGACCUGAUCGG